AAAAAAAAAGAACAGGGUAAACUUCUUAUUUUUCAGUCCUGAGUACUCAAUAACAUUGCAAAAGGUUAGAAAAGAAGUGUAAUCUACUAAUCAGCUUUUUAUUCCAGAACUUUAUAAGGGAUAGUAAGAUGUCAACACAGUUGCUGUCAUGUUGUAAUGUUGACAUGUUAACAAGUUGUCUAUCAUAACUGAAAACGAACCUUCUUAUAAUUAUGCCAAAUUGUAUUAAAAAUGUUGGUCAAGAAGAAAGCUUAAAAAAGUAAUUUAAAAAAAAAAAUUUUAAAGUGUGCUCCUUAAACCUUUUUUAAUAUCUUUAUCCCAGGAAGUAUAAUUGCAGAAUGACUCAAACGGUUACCGUAACUACAAAUGGCAUUAAAGUUCGUCCGUCUGUGAAUAGAGAACAAGUGAAAGAGAUAGCAAAGAAAUGUUUCGGUCUGGAAAUUGAUGAAUCAAAGGAAAUUAAAGAAGCUGUCUCGUAUGACGAUCGAAAUUUUUUGUUUAAAGGUAAGCUGAAUUGUCGUGGUAGUGGAACUGACAAAAUGUACCAAAGUUUUGAGGAAUAUGUUUUAAAAAUAUACAAUGCUUCUGAAACCAGUGUUGUGUCGUGGUAUAAACAUAUUAACAAUAUGGUAGCAGCUACCUAUGAGAAAUGUCAAAGCAAUUUUAAAAUACCAUUUCCAAUUGCUGAUGUAAAAACCAAUGAAAAUUGUGUUUUGUAUGAUAUACCACUCGAAAAAAAUGUUGAAGCAAGUGAAGAAUUGUUGCAUGAGUUAUGUUUAAACAAUCAAUUUGUAUCUAAAGAAAAUUCGUCGUAUUAUGUAAAGCAUGUAGUUCGAUUAACAGUAUUUAUACCUGGUCAGACUGUAGAUGUUAAAAAUCUAGAUGAUGAUCUUGCAUUUAAAUUUGGUUCAUGUGUUGCACAGUUAGCGACUAUAUUGAAGGAUUUCCCAAAACCAGAGGAGGAUUUGCGUCAAGAUUUUGUGUGGAACACAUUAUAUACCUAUAAAACGUUACAAGAUCCCUACAUUUUAUCUAUGAAAGACGAGACGAAAAAGACAAUUGCAAUAGGUAUAUUACAAAAAUUUGAAAAAAAUGUAUUACCCAAGUUAGAAAAUUUAUCAAAGCAAUGGAUUCAUGGUGAUCUAAAUGAACUUAAUCUUCUGACAUGCAUAGACAAUAAUGGUAAAUCUCGUAUCACUGGAAUUGUUGACUUUGAUGAUAUGUGCUAUUCAUAUAGUGUUAUUGAUGUUGGUACUGCAUUGAUGUAUAUUACAUAUUCAUCACCCAGAGAGCGUUGUUUUGAUAUCAUCAAAAAAUUCAUACGUGGGUAUACAUCAGUGUUGUUAUUAGGAGACACUGAAAAACAUGUGCUGUUUACAAUUAUGUUGACACGAUACAUACAAUCAUGCAUUGUUGGGGAGUACCAGUAUUAUUAUGUAGACCCAACAAAUGAAUACUUAUUACUCACACCAAGUCGUGCAUGGGAGACAUUAAAGUUUUUAAUGAAUGAAGGUGAAGACAAAUUUUUAGAAGUUAUUAGCUAAUAUCAAAAAGCCAUCUGUAGCUGGUUUUUAGAAUAUUCAAAUUAGGUAUAUAUUUUUCUUGAGCAUAAGAAAAAAAUAAGCUUUUCUUAGAAUAUACCUGAACGAUUUAAAUCAGGGGAGAAGAGCACUACUUGUCACAUAUCUUCGUGUUUACCCAUCAUAUGGAUUUUUAUAAAUAUCUGCUUACGGCAGUUGAAUUUUUAAAGUACUUUGUCAUUUGAUUUUAUUACUGUAUUUGUUGUAAAGAAGAAAGUUUUACUCUAAAAA